UGGUCAGACGUCACGUCAUUACCUACGUACUCAGUCUCGCCGCUUGUCAAAUUUUGUUACAUUGUAAACAAUUUUGGAAUUUUGUUCUUAAUGUUUGAUUUUAUAAGAAUAAAUAAAGAGAAAAUAGUAACCAACUAGCCACAUUUAUAAUAUAAAUAAAUUGUUAUGGUGAUCAAGCUUUUUAUAUGAACAAUGGAGACCUUGUAUCAUCAAACGAGUCAACUAAUACAGGAAACAUCCAAUUUGUUCCAUAAGUUGGAGAGCGAUCCAGAUUGGGAAAAUAUAGAAAACGCGAUUCAAUCGAAAAUUAAUACCAUUAGUGCAAACUGUGAAAGGUUAGAUGUUCUGGUAUUCAAGACACCAAUUAAUCAAAGAGCAAUGGCGAAAAUGAGAGUUGACCAGUUAAAAUAUGAUAAUAAACAUAUUCAGGCAUCUCUAAAUAAUGCUUCAAACAAAAGGCGCAGACGUGAGCAAGAGAAAGUUGAGAGGGAACAGUUACUGAGCAGAAGGUUUGGCCAUGACCACACAGAGAUCACUGUUGACUAUUUGGCACAAGAACAAAACUCUUUACAGAAUUCUCACAGAAAUGUUGAUGAUAUGAUACAUACAGGUUCAAAUAUUUUGCAGACGUUAAGAUACAACCGAGAUACGCUAAAAAGAGCGCACAAGAGAAUAAUAGACUUGGCCAAUACGCUAGGCCUAUCCAACGCUACCAUUUCACUAAUCGAAAGACGAGUGUCCCAAGACAAAUACGUGCUAUUCGGCGGAAUGUUAGUCACAUUGGCUGUGAUUGUGCUUGUGAUCAUAUAUGUUGUGUAAAGGCUCGCCGAGCCGAAGUCGAAUCGAAUCGCAAUAAUUCGCCACAUAUAAUAUUAUUAGAGGAUGCCCGCAACUUCGUCCGCGCGGAUUUAGAUUUUCAAAGAUCUCGUGGGAACUGUUUCAUUUUCCGGGAUAAAAAGUUGUCUUUGUCACUUACAUGGACGCAA